AUGAACAAGGUGAUCGCAGCCUACGACUACUCGGAAUACUCGGUUGUGACCACUGACGCGCUUGGCUGGUACGGAAGGGUUAUGUAUUGCCGCUAUAUCGACGAAAACAAUCAAGAAAUUGGAGAGAGCGUACGCUCUAUCGUAUUCCCUGAAUCGGUAGUGCAUUGUUGCAGCCGGAAUGGAACAGCGUACAUGACAGUCACAAAGGAUGCAGAUGGUGCAAUUGACCAGCCUGUUCAGUUGAUCGAUAGGAAACAUGAUACGCCCAAGUACUACUUGUCGCUUUGUUUGGCUCCUAUCUAUGGAAGUCAAAGAAAAUAUCUUGUGCUUGUCGAGUUAUUUGAGCAUUUGAAACUGCAAGGUGUCGAACAUUUCUAUCUAUAUAUCAAAGAAAUAGACAAAUACUCUCAAACGCUUAUCGACGACUACAUAAGGGAGGGAGAAGCCGAAGUUAUAAGUUUGCCUACUGAACAUAAAAUCAUUUACUGCCCGCAAAUAGUAGCUGCAGCGGACUGCCUGCACAGAAGUCGUCACCACUCUCGUUAUGUUUUGUUUUCUGAUCUAGACGAAAGAUUCUUCUCUCCCAAAGGCUACACUUUGAAAUCUUUUGUUAGGGAAAAAUUGCAAAAUGCACCAGGCAGAGGAGCCAUACGGUUCACAUCAAGAUGGGUUCUUCGAACACCUCCUCCCCAAUCAGAUUAUCAGGGAGAGGAGACGCUGAAACAGCAUUUGCCCAUGCUUGUUUUCCAUAAUAGUUCUGCAAUUCCUAACAGGAGGAUUGUGCAGAAGUUAGUCCUGGAUCCCAGGCGAGUGCUGAUCAUUUUCGUACACCACGUGCGAGCGUAUUACCCUGGUUACAAGGGAUACCAAGUUCCCUUCGGACAAAUGCACAUUCGAAGCAUUUACAAGGAAAAUUUUUACAUUCACAGGCACUACCGUGACACUUCUACAUGGGGCAAACAGUGGUUUGAUCGGAUAGCUGGAUUCGGCCCAUAUGAGAUCACGCGGUAUCCUGAAGAACAUAUGAAGGAGUUGUUUGAAAACAUAAAAAAUAGGCUAGAUGGAAUCUAUGGUCAUAGAAGUAUGCUUACACUUUAG